AUGGAGCUCGAACUAAAAAAUGCUACUAGCCGCUGUGAAUAUCUUGAGAAGGAGAAUGAAGCCAAAACGGCUGAACUUGGCAAGGCCUUGCGAGAGGCGAGAGAAGUGCGGUCUGAAUCCAGAGCAGCCCGUGAGGAGAUCCAGCAAGCUGGGGAGAUUGCGGCCCGACUAUCUACUGGACAUGGUCGGUCGGGCCAAAACGUGCCGCGUGCGCUAGUUCACGCGGUGACCACGGGUCAUGCCAGCCAAAUCUCGUGCUCUGGCACAUUCUCGUCCUUGUUCCGGCCUCUUCCCUCCGCGUCUCGACGCCUCUCCUUGUCCAGGAGCACCCCCGUGCUCAUUUGCAUCCUCUGGUGCCCAGGACCGCCUUAUCUCGUCGUCGUUCGGCCGCAAACGCCAUGCCCGUGCCGCGUCCAGCCCCUGUCCUCCAUUAGAGCCACGUUGGAGCUCGCCCAUGAUGCUCUAGUUCCCUCCCCUCGGCUAUUUAAGGAGUGCCCGACCUCCUCCGCAGCUCGUGCACCCCUCCCCCUCUCUUCUAGCUCACCGGAGCUCGCUGCCAGUGCCCCAACCGCCGCGGCCAUCGCCGGCCUCCUAUCGAUUCCGACCGCCCUAGUCCCCCUCCACUCCUCUAGGUCACACCAGGAGACCACCCCGACCCCGGCGCACCUCUCCCUCCACUCUCCCCGCCGCCGGAGCCCCUGUGGCCGCUGUCCCCUAGUCCGACCACCGCCUCCCCGCUUCUUUGUCGCCGCAAGAGCUCCGUCGCGCCGGCCCUUCCUGGUGCUGCUGCUGCGUCAGGUGGACGCGGCGCCGUCUCCCGAGCCCGCCGGUGGCCUCCUCUUGGCCGGAGGUGGCCGGAGCCGGCCAUAUCGCCGGCGCCCUCCCCUGCCUCGCCUCCUCUAUUUCGAUCAGGGGCAGGGCGAGGAGGAAGAAGACAGGGGCCAGGCAGGCCCCCUCCUCCUCGCGGACCCCACUCGUCAGCCACUGGGCGUUGACCAGCCCCGGGCCCACGCGCAUUUAAGUGAAAACGUAUGUGUUAGUUACGUUUUCCCCGAAGCAAAGCAUAUUCUGGAGCUCUUCGGCUAUUGGUCCCUGAACUUCUUCCUUCCGUAUCUCCGCGAUUGUAACUCCGAUCGAGGUGAAACCAACGCCCGCUUCUUCGUCUCAUCGAGAUCUUUCUGUUGGUGCCAUUUUCACUAGGUGGUCUCACUGUGAAAAUGACCUUUGUACCUUGCUUCUAACCAUCCCCUUCAAGAGAGAAGUAUGUCCGGCAUUUCGUUUUGUGGCUUCACCGCACUUCUUCCCGGAGUCUCCGUCACCCCC